GAGGCGCUCUUGAACUUCAUAGAGAAUUUUCGGGGCUCCGACGGGGCGCCGCCGACGCUGUCGAACGCCGGAUCGGAUGCUCAGGUCCGCGAGGCCCGCGCGGCGCUCAUCCCCAAGACGGCCGGCGUGUCGCUCAAAGAUUGGAUCGACCGCCGCAUAGGCCUGGAGGUGGAGACGAUCACAGAGGAGCACAACAUGAUCUACAUAGGCCUCCGCGGCGAGCUGGAGGGCAAGGGGCCGAAGGCCGCCAAGGGCGGGGGCAAGGGCAAGGACGACAGGGCCAUCAUCGGCGCCCCGGCCAAGCGUCAGCGCCUGUGAGCCGCGGGAGGCCCUGGGCACCAGAGGGGGGCAGAGUCGAAGGCGGGCGGCCAGGGGCUCUCCGGAGAGGCGCCUCUGUCUGCUGCACGGGGCAGCGGCCCGGAGGGUGCGCGGCCCGCCUGCAGUCAAGGCG